AUGGAAAAACCAGGCGAAAGUACUGCAUAUGUUUUCGACAAGGACGUCUCUGAUUGUAAAAUAAUGCAAACUCGAUAUGAACUUCGUCGAUGCGUUAGCUUAGGCUUUCGCGGUUUUGAGAUCGGUUCUCACAUCGGUAAGAAAAGCCUUGAUCACAAGGAUUUCUGGCCCUUAUAUAAGGAUUGCGAAGAACUCGGAGUUCUGCUCUUCGUUCAUCCUUGGGAUAUGCACAGUUGGGACGGCCGCCUUGAUAAGUACUGGAUGCCAUGGCUCGUAGGAAUGCCGUCAGAAACUGCUCAAGCUAUAUGUAGCAUACUUAUGGGAAACAUACUAGUGAUGUUCCCACGACUUCGAUUUUGUUUCGCUCACGGCGGAGGUGCAUAUCCAAUCAUCAGCGGACGAGUUUCGCAUGGUUACAAGGUACGUCCCGAUCUAUGUGCCACCGAUUGUUCCGUUAAUCCGCGGGAGCUACAACGACAAAUUUGGACGGACUCCCUUGUUCAUGAUCCUGCUGCACUUCAUCUUCUUUUAAACACUGUUGGAAAGGUAAAUGAUGAUCUUACCAUUCAAAACUAA